ACCUCCUGGAAGUGCUCCGUGAAAUGUGCUGGAAGUGCGAAGUGACCUGGAUGGGAAUGUGGGAAUGGCGGUAGGGUCAAGUGCAUCAGCGGCAUGGAGGGAGUUCCUCUCUCCACGCAGUGGGGCCCUCAGGGCUACUUCUACCCCAUCCAGAUCGCCCAGUACGGGCUGAGCCACUACAGCAAGAACCUGACGGAGAAGCCGCCGCACGUGGAGGUGUACGAGACGGCGGGGGACGGGAACGGGAACGGGAAUGGGAACGGGGAAUGGACGGUGCCCAAGGGCUGCUCCCUCACCACCGUCUGGGACAAGUCCCGGCUCACCGGGGUCAAGCAGUUCUCCUGCCCAGAGAGCUCCGAGGGCGUCUCCCUGGAGCUCAACAACGGCCGGGAUUUCAUCCUCUCCUUCGACCUGAAGCUGCAGAGCAACGGCAGCGUGUCGGUGGUGCUGGAGACCACGGAGAGGAACCAGCUCUUCACGGUGCACUACGUGUCCAGCACGCAGCUCAUCGCCCUCAGGGACAGGGACAUCUUCUACGGCAUCGGAGCGCGCGGCAGCUGGAGCACGCUCACCCGGGACCUGCUGACGGACCUGCGCAAGGGCGUGGGGCUCUCCAACACCAAGGCGGUGAAGCAAACCAAGAUCAUGCCCAAGAGGGUGCUGCGCUUGGUGGCCAAGGGCCGCGGCUUCCUGGACAACGUCACCAUCUCGGCCACCGCCCACAUGGCCGCCUUCUUCGCCGCCAGCCGCUGGCUGCUGCGCAACCAGGACGAGCGCGGCGGCUGGCCCAUCAUGGUCACCAGGAAGCUGGGAGAAGGCUUCAAAUCCCUGGAUCCGGGCUGGUACUCGGCCAUGGCGCAAGGCCAGGCCAUGUCCACGCUGGUCAGGGCCUACCAGCUGACCAAGGAGCCGGCGUUCCUGGGCGCGGCGCUCCGGGCCACGGCGCCCUUCAAGCUGCCGGCGGAGCAGCGCGGCGUCAAGGCGGUGUUCAUGAACCGGCACGACUGGUACGAGGAGUACCCCACCACGCCCAGCUCCUUCGUGCUCAACGGCUUCAUGUACUCCCUGAUCGGCCUCUACGACCUGAAGGAGACGGCGGGCGAGAAGCUGGGCAGGGAGGCGCGGCUGCUCUACGAGCGCGGCAUGGAGUCGCUCAAGGCCAUGCUGCCGCUCUUCGACACCGGCUCGGGCUCCAUCUACGACCUGCGGCACUUCAUGCUGGGCACGGCGCCCAACCUGGCGCGCUGGGACUACCACACCACGCACAUCAACCAGCUGCAGCUGCUGGGCUCCAUCGACGACGCGCCCGUCUUCAAGGAGUUCGUCAAGAGGUGGAAGAGUUACCUGCGGGGAGGGCGGGCCAAGCACAACUGAGCUCUU